AUAUAUAUAUAUAUAUAUAUAUAUAUGUAUUAAAAAAAAAAAAGUUCUCUGUGUUCACCGUUUACUCUGAACUAAAGCUCUUCAAAGUAAGAUAAAAAAACAAAAAGAAAAAAGAUGAUGCUUCAGUGCAGGAAUUUGAGCACUUUGAAGUUGUUUACUGUUUCUCAAAAUGGGUAUCAGAGGAAAUCAGUAGUUGGAUCAACGAUUGACAGAAAAGAUCAUGUCAAAUCAAUCAGGAAUAAGUCUACUUUGUUGCCGAUGAAAUGGCCAACAGGGAUAUUAUACUCUGGUAGUGGGAGCAGAUCUCAACCUUUGAUCGUGGCUUCAACAGUUGAAGGUGACGAGGCUUUACAUAGGACGGUCCCCAGGAGCUUCAGUGGUGCUAAAUCAUCGCAUAACACCUCUGAUACACAGACCGAAGAGAUUGAAGAGAAGAAAAUGGCGAGCCAGAAGAUCAAAGGGACUGUGGUUUUGAUGAAGAAGAAUGUGUUGGACUUCAACGACUUUAAUGCAUCGGUUCUUGAUCGUGUUCAUGAGUUGUUUGGCAAAAGGGUUUCUCUGCAGCUCGUUAGUGCCGUUAAUGUCGAACCUGCCAAUAGGUUGCAAGGGAAACUUGGAAAGCCAGCAUAUUUGGAAGACUGGAUCACCACAAUUACUCCCCUAACAGCGGGCGAGUCAGCGUUCAACAUUACUUUUGACUGGGAUAAAAAUAUUGGAGUCCCUGGAGCAUUCAUUAUCAGAAAUGAUCAUCACAGUGAGUUUUACUUGAAGACUGUCACACUUGAAGAUGUUCCAGGAGAAGGCAGAAUCCACUUUGUUUGCAAUUCAUGGGUGUAUCCAGUAGAUAAAUACAAAAAGGACCGUGUUUUCUUCACAAACAAGACAUAUCUUCCCAGUGAAACGCCUGCAUCACUACGCAAAUAUAGAGAAGAAGAACUGAUUCACUUGAGAGGAGAUGGAAAAGGAGAACUCCAGGAAUGGGACAGAGUCUAUGACUAUGCCUACUAUAAUGAUUUGGGGAAUCCAGAUAAAGGCCCGAAAUAUGUUCGUCCUGUUCUUGGAGGGUCUAAAGAGUAUCCUUAUCCUCGCAGGGGAAGAACGGGACGUGCACCAACAAAGACAGAUCCCAACGCUGAGAAGCGGCUGAAACUUCUACUGAGCCUAAACAUUUAUGUUCCAAGAGAUGAACGAUUUGGUCACUUAAAGAUGUCAGACUUUCUUGCUUAUGCUCUGAAAUCUUUCGGGCAAUUCCUUAAACCUGAGCUAGAAUCUCUGUUUGAUAAAACCCCAAAUGAGUUUGAUAGCUUUGAAGAUGUAUUUAAGCUCUAUGAAGGAGGAGUUGGGUUACCGGACAGUUUACUUGAGAAUAUAAGGGAGAACAUACCUGCAGAGAUGCUCAAGGAAAUUUUCAGAACUGAUGGUGAACAACUCCUCAAAUUUCCAAUGCCUCAAGUGAUUAAAGAGGAUAAAUAUGCUUGGAGGACUGAUGAACAAUUUGCAAGAGAAAUGCUGGCUGGAAUAAACCCUGUCCUUAUUCGUCGUCUUCAGGAGUUCCCUCCAGGAAGCAAGCUAGAUCAUAAAGUAUAUGGUGAUCAUACUAGUAAAAUAACCAAAGAGCACAUAGAGCACAACUUAAAUGGGCUCACUGUAGAUGAGGCAAUCAAGAGCAACAGACUAUUCAUACUGGAUCAUCAUGACACAUUAAUGCCGUACUUGAGGCGUAUAAACACAACUCACACAAAGACUUAUGCCAGCAGGACACUCCUUUUCUUGAAGGAUGAUGGGACUUUGAAGCCCAUAGCUAUUGAACUAAGCUUGCCAAAUCCUCAUGGGGAUCCACUUGGUUGCAUUAGCAAAGUCUAUACACCUGCUAACUAUGGCAUUGAAGGCUCCACUUGGCUACUUGCUAAAGGAUAUGUAACUGUAAAUGACUCUGGCUAUCAUCAGCUUAUCAGCCACUGGUUAAAAACUCAUGCAGCAAUUGAGCCAUUUGUGAUAGCAACAAAUCGGCAGCUCAGUGUGAUGCACCCUAUUUAUAAAUUAUUGCAUCCUCACUUCCGUGACACCAUGAAUGUAAAUGCAGUUGGACGGCAGACUCUCAUAAAUGCAGGUGGAGCACUUGAGACAACUGUUUUUCCUGCAAAGUAUUCCAUGGAAAUGUCAUCAAAAAUUUACAAGAACUGGGUUUUUCCUGACCAAGCACUCCCUGUUGAUCUGAUAAAGAGAGGAGUGGCAGUUGAAGAUAAAAAUUCUCCACAUGGUGUGCGUUUACUGAUAGAGGAUUAUCCAUAUGCUGUUGAUGGACUUGAGAUUUGGUCAGCCAUUAAAACAUGGGUUAAAGAUUACUGUUCUUUCUACUAUAAAACAGAUGAAACUGUCCAAAGAGAUUCUGAACUCCAAUCCUGGUGGAAGGAACUUAGAGAGAAGGGUCAUGGUGACAAGAAAGAUGAACCGUGGUGGCCUAAAAUGCAGACUCGUGAAGAGCUAAUAGAAAUAUUGACCAUUGUCAUAUGGAUUUCUUCUGCUUACCAUGCAGCAAUCAAUUUCGGACAGUACCCUUAUGGAGGCUACCCUCCAAGCCGACCAAGCAUAAGCCAUCGAUUCAUACCUGAGGAAGGCAGUCCUGAGUACGAGGAGCUUAAGACAAACCCGGAAAAGGCUUACUUGAAAACUUUCAAUUCCCAGCUUCUGAGUGUCCUUGGCAUUGCCCUUGUAGAAGUUUUGUCAAGGCACUCAUCUGAUGAGAUCUUUAUUGGGCAGAGAGACAUUCCAGAAUGGACUGCAGAUGCAGAAGUACUGAAAGCCUUUGAAAAUUUUGGAAAGAAGCUGAAGGAAAUCGAGGAAAAGAUUGUAAGGAUGAACAAAGAUGAGAAGUUGAAGAACCGUCUUGGACCAGCCAAGGUUCCAUACACAUUGCUGUAUCCUAGCAGUGAAGGUGGACUUACUGGCAAGGGAAUUCCCAACAGUGUCUCAAUCUAAGUCUCACCUCACCCGUUCGACUGUGUUAUACAUGAACCAAUAAAUCUUUGUGUCCCCUUUAAUGUCUUUUGUAACAAAAAUCAUAUAUGUACAAGUUAGAAGUCAGGGGAUUGUUGGAGUACUAUAGUUUACAAUAAACAUACAUGAGCUUGUUUAGAUGGCUUUUAAGUUCAUGGUGUAAAAUUGCUUGAAUAGAUGUGGUUAUUUAUUUAAA